CAAAGAAAAAAACAAAAGAAAAAAGCAAAUAAAAGAGAGAAAAAAAGACAGAAGGGUUUUGACCUUCUUCUCCUUUCAGUAUCGGCCGUCGUCCGCACAGCAUUAGGUUUCAAUACAGAAGAGAAGAAUUGUAGGAGAAAGAUGUUGUACAUCAUAGGUUUAGGGUUAGGAGACGAAAGAGACAUAACGCUGAGAGGGCUCGAGGCCGUCAAGAAGUCUCAGAAAAUCUACAUGGAAGCUUACACUUCUCUUUUGUCCUUUGGUCUCUCUUCUGAUGGUCUUUCCAAUCUCGAAAAGUUUUAUGGGAAACCGAUCACACUUGCUGAUAGAGAAAUGGUGGAAGAAAAGGCAGGGGCUAUGAUUGAAGAAGCUAUUGACAAUGACAUCGCUUUUCUCGUUGUUGGUGAUCCCUUUGGAGCUACAACGCAUAGCGAUCUUGUUGUUAGAGCUAAGAAACUCGGUGUGAAGGUAGAGGUAGUGCACAACGCAUCUGUCAUGAACGCUGUUGGGAUCUGUGGUCUGCAGCUUUACCACUACGGAGAGACGGUCUCGAUACCGUUCUUCACCGAGACUUGGAGGCCUGAUAGCUUUUACGAGAAGAUCAAGAAGAACCGCGCUCUCGGACUGCACACGCUCUGCUUGCUUGAUAUCCGAGUGAAGGAGCCUACUUUCGAGUCUCUUUGCAGAGGAGGGAAGAAACAGUACGAGCCGCCUAGGUAUAUGAGUGUUAAUACGGCCAUCGAGCAGCUGCUGGAGGUCCAGCAGAAGCGUGGUGAUUCUGUGUACGGUGAAGAGACUGAGUGUGUGGGUUUUGCGAGGCUUGGCGCUGAGGACCAGAAGAUUGUUUCCGGGACGAUGAAGCAACUGGAGGGUGUUGAUUUUGGAGCUCCGUUGCAUUGUCUUGUGAUAGUUGGCAAGACUCAUCCCGUGGAAGAAGAGAUGUUGGAGUUUUACAAAUACGGAACUGCGAGUUAAAAGACCAUUGGGACUGAAGAAGGCUCAAGAGGGGAGGCAAGAACGUUUGAGAUGUCUCUUUGAGUAAGAGAUUGAAACUAGGAACCGAUGUGUCAGCAGUUUUGUUCAUUUUUAAUUUGCGUUUUUAAUGAGAAGAGUGUAUUGAAAUAUUCAUUUGGCUCGACUUCGGGGUGCAUGCACUUUGUAUUUGUUUCACUGAGAAUUUCAGUUUGUGAUUUA